UUUGUUUUGAAACGAUUCUUGAAAAGUGGGUCGAAAUCUUGUCAAAAACAUUUACUAUCGUUGUUUGUUGUUGAAAUAAUUGGUCCGAAUCGGAAAGCCAUUGAACAUGGACUUAUUCACGAAGGAUGAGGACACCGUUCACCGGGAGGCGUUGUGGAAAACAAUAGCGCAUCAUAUUGAAGCUGUGCCGGUUGAACUAAGGAAAGCCUUGGAGGAAAGAAAAUUCGAUCGGCUCAUAAUUCUGGGAAAUCUGGAUGAGCAUGCCAUCGGAAGUCUCCCGUUGGAUGUAGGUCCGAAGAUUUUCCUUGGCUACAUGGUAAAACGCAUCCGAGAAUUAACCAUCCCGUUUUUGAAUGCGGAUUUAAACAGUCGCGUUGGUUCCCAUCGUUCGGUGGAUAUAACACCGAACCAGAAAACCAUGAAGAAGCGAAAGCAUACGCCCACUACUUCUGCGGGAAGCUCGAUGCUCGGCUCGAUGGAAAGUGAAGCCGAUUUUAACGCUAGCGUGUAUCAGAACCGGAUUGCAGUUCUCGUCGCAAAUUUCUUGAACACAAAAUCGGUGCCAGGUCAGGUGAAACCCGGAGAUGUUCAAGUAAUUGUGUCCAAAAAUGAAGCAGAGCCUCCGGUAGCAAAAGUCGUUUGCGUCAGCUUCACAUCCAAAGUAUACUCCUCCGGUCAUGAACAAGGACAUCCGGACAGCUUUUACUCGAACCAAGAAGGAAAAUGUAAGAAAUCAGGAGCAGCAGACAACAGUAACUGA